UAGAAUGAGAAAUGCAGGAUAUUCAGGGCGAUACAGGAAGUCAUUCAAAGAUGGGCUUUUGGAGGAAAUGAUGCCUGAAUUUGUCUUAAAGGGAAAAAAAGGGGCCAAGUGAAGAGGGAAAGAGGGAGGAGAAGCAUUCCAGGCAGCAGCAGCAAGCACAGAGCACUCGAACAUUUCCAGUAAUUUCGUGUGACUGGAACUAGGCGGACAGAGGUGCCCUGGUGGGAGAAGAGGCCAGAGCAUCAAUAGCUUAUUAAGUGAUGCUACGAUUUUCCCUCCAGAAAGCAAUAGGCUGCCUUUAACAGAUUUUAGGUAGGGGAACAACGAUCAGCUCUUUCUUUAGAAAUAUCCCUCAGGUAGCACCAUAGAAGAUGGUUUGGAAUAGGGAGAAAAUGGAAUCAGGGAGGUGAAUUAUAAAAUUGUCGAAGAGACUGGAGCAGGCACGAGAAACAUUCAAGUGAAUGGGGCUGUGAAAACCUCUCCCAAGACCCACCCUAGCCAGAAAGACUGCGAUCACGUGCGUUUGCAGUGUCAACCUCCACCCGAAUUCCUACAGCACUUGUGAAACCUGCGGCCCAAAUUUUGGCAUUUAAUUAUCCCUCAUUUUAUUCCCUAAUUGUUUCCGGUACACGACUGUAGUCUCCCUAGUUAAAGCAGGGCUAUAAACUUUUAUGGCAUUGAAAUAGCUUGUAAAGUCGUCCGAGGCCCGAUAAGAACGCUCCUGGCUUCCCAGCCGCCGCCGGCCCAGACUCGGCCGCGCCGGGCGGUCCUGCCCGGUCUGCUGCUAGCAGCACGGCACCUGGAGGGCUGAUGGCGUCACUUCAUCCUCUGGCUGAUCAAACGGUCGCCCCCUCCCGAGACCCGGCAGGAAGCUCUCUCAAGAGCGGCUCGAGACGCCAACCGCGGCUGUAAGCCCCGCCGCGUCCACCAGAGGGCGCGUCACCCCGCCUUUCCUCCGUGAGGGACGACCUCACAGUCAAGACCGCGCAAACGAGUGCUGAGGUAUUUAGGCCCUCUGCGGUGGCCGUAGUCCCGCACAGUAAACAGGAAGUAGGCUUCUUUAUUUGGGCCUCCGCAUUCGGGUGAAGAAGACCGGGGAUUCCGUGGCGUGGGCUUUCAGGGAGUCCGGAUUCGAUCUCCCUUUUUGUGACUUCCUCGCCUUCCCUGCUCCGGUCGAGGUAUUUGGUCCCGCGCCAGCUCCCGCCUCUUGCACAGAAGCGUCCCCGGAACCAUGGCCGAGUACUCGUAUGUGAAGUCCACCAAGCUCGUGCUCAAGGGAACCAAGGCUAAGAGCAAGAAGAAAAAGAACAAAGAGAAGAGAAAAAGAGAAGAUGAUGAAGAAACUGAACUUGAUAUUGUUGGAAUCUGGUGGACAGUAACAAACUUUGGUGAAAUUUCAGGAACCAUAGCAAUUGAAAUGGAUAAAGGAACUUACAUACAUGCACUUGACAAUGGACUUUUUACACUGGGAGCUCCACAUAAAGAAGUUGAUGAGGGCCCUAGUCCUCCAGAGCAAUUUACAGCUGUCAAAUUGUCUGAUUCCAGAAUUGCCCUGAAAUCUGGCUAUGGAAAAUACCUUGGUAUAAAUUCAGAUGGACUUGUUGUUGGGCGUUCAGAUGCAAUUGGACCAAGAGAACAAUGGGAACCAGUCUUUCAAGAUGGGAAAAUGGCUUUAUUGGCCUCAAAUAGCUGCUUUAUUAGAUGCAAUGAAGCCGGUGAUAUAGAAGCAAAAAGUAAAACAGCAGGAGAAGAAGAAAUGAUAAAGAUUAGAUCCUGUGCUGAAAGAGAAACUAAGAAAAAAGAUGAUAUUCCAGAAGAAGACAAAGGAAAUGUUAAACAGUGUGAAAUCAAUUAUGUAAAGAAAUUUCAGAGCUUCCAAGACCACAAACUUAAAAUAAGUAAAGAAGACAGUAAAAUUCUUAAAAAGGCCCGGAAAGAUGGAUUUCUGCACGAAACGCUCCUGGACAGGAGAGCCAAAUUGAAAGCUGAUAGAUACUGCAAAUGACCAGGCCUUCUGUUUCUGUCUUCCUCUUGUUUUUUUCUGAAUAAAAUAAUCAGUGGCAGUGUUUUUCCAGA